AUGCAGUCACAGAUCAUAGUUCUGGACCUCGAGACCUUCUGCACCGACGCCGUGGAUGACUGCGCAUCCAGCCCGAGCGAGUACCUGCCGGAGUUCCGCAUCGCUUUCUGCGUCAAGUGCCGCACCGCUCUCGUGUGCUCUGGGGCCGUCGUGAACGAGUUUCGAGACUUGCCGAUUGCGCGAACUGCGGCAGAGAUUGGCGUUCUGCCGGGCGGCUCACCAUCGAUACCGUUCUUGAAACCUCCACUCCGGGAUUCUUCUAAAUGGACGGUCCGGAAAGGGGCCCUCUCCGGUCGAUAUUGGAAGGUGAACACACCGACCGAGCAGCGAUACCACCGAAUCUGGGGGCGCUGCCUCUGUUAUGUCUUUCGCAUGAGCCAGCUCGCCAAGACAUUGAACGACUCGACAACGGAGCUCUCUAGCUUGGUCCCUACUGACGUGCAAAUAUCAGCCAUGGAUAGGAUCUGGACGUUGCUCCUUCGUCUGUCGCCGACCCCGGAGUUGACCCUGGAACUGCUCAUAUUCUAG